AUGUCCUCCGCUGCGCCCUCUCCAAGUACGGUCAUUCAUCAGCUCAAGAAAGUGGUGGAGAAUCCAGAGCUGUACAGGAGCCAUCAGCAGGAGAUUACAUCCCUCGCAUAUCGCGUGGAAUCUGAGCUGCAGACCCCCUUCGAACUGUUCCAGGGUAUAGUGCACACGGCAAUGCCUCUAGUAGCAGUACGUGUAUGUCAGCAACACAGGAUCCUUCAUAUGAUGCAGGAAAAUGUCGAAAAGGGACAGCUGGCGACAAGUACGGCAUCAUUGGCUCAAGAUACAGGCAUGAACCGGCAAGGCUUGGAGACGCUCUUGGAAUUCAUGGCAGCUAGACAUUUUGUGGAUCGGGUUUCUUCCAACGAGUUCGCUUCCAAUAGACUAACUCGUCUGCUUCUUACGCCUCUUUUCAUGGAGGGUGUUCUGAUAUAUCAUGAUUUCUUCACCCCGUCCUUCACAGCGUUAAAUGCAUUCUUGUCCUCUCCCAGACAACGGCCAACCGCUUUCCAACUAGCUCACAACACCUCGGAUGGGCCCUACGACAUGCAACAUGCAGACCCGGACAUAAGCAAAGCUUUCCAAAAUUACAUUCAACUGGAACACUCGUAUCUGCCUAGCUGGCUCAAUGUUGUUGAUUUCCAAAGCGAAUUCGCAGAGGACACAUCCACAGAUACGGUAUUGUUUGUAGAUGUAGGGUGUGGAAAUGGCCAGCAGUGCGUGAAUCUACUGACUGAGAAUCCAAACCUGAGAGGGCGAGUCAUCCUCCAAGAUACUCCAUCCGUGAUACAGAAUGCACUUCCAGAUAGCCGCGUAGAAACGAUGGGUUACGACUAUUUCACGGAGCAACCGGUGAAAGGUGCAAAGGCGUAUCACUUCCGACAGAUUUUUCAUAACAACGAUGACGACGAGUGCUUUCGCAUUCUCGAGGCUCUUCUUCCUGCCAUGAGCUCGUCGUCCACGCUUUUGAUCAACGAAAAUGUACUACCUGAUGACGAACCGUCUACGGAAUAUAGGGCAAGCCUUUCGAUGACAAUGAUGGCCUUGUUCAAUACCUACGAAAGACGGGAGGGGCAUUGGCACCGGCUCCUGGAUAAGGCUGGUCUUACGAUUAAGGCAAUUAGGAGGUUUAGCCGGCACGGGGAUAGUAUCCUUAUGGCAGUAAAGAAAUAG